AUGCUCUCGCUGGCCGAGAGGGUCUUCGUCGACAAACUUGGAGCGACGGAUGCGAGCAACGUGCUACGCGGCGCGGCUAACCUACCGCGCGACGGAGACUUGUGUGACGACGCCUUGAAAGUGCUGGAGACCUAUGGGGGGGUGGCGAUGGACAUUGCGUUUGUGGGGAGCUGGAGCUCUGUGCGUACUCCUGACAGCUGCGCACCAAAGAGCAGCUGGGCGUGGACACGUGCCGUGGAAGAAAUCGAGGCCCAGGGUGGAGGGGUUGGCGUUGAUAGAGACGCCAACAGACUUGCAAUUCUGCGCGCGGGCUUCAUGUACCUAGCGAGGGACUACCCUUUGGCCCAGGAGCUGUACGAUAAGCUCGCGGCGUUCCCCGAUCGCCAUUCCUUCAGGAGUCAGACGCAGCUGCGCUUCUGGACGACCAAGAGGGUCGACGCGUACGCGAUGUUUAACAUGCGGAAGACUUCGGAGGAGGCGGGGGGUGAGGGGUGGUGGGUUUAUCGACCGCACGACGAGCAGCUUAUACCGAUGGAGGCUUCGGAUGCAUCGCAGGUUCAUGCUGUUCAUGUUCUCGCCGAAUUAUGCUGUCACGGCGAAAAACUCGGCGAACUAGAGGCAAUCAUGCGGAAGCUACUUGAACACUACGAUGCCCACGGGGGAGGCUGCCCAGAGGUGGAGAUGAUAGCUCUCUAUAUUAUACCGGAAAUGCUCUUGGUUGGCUGGGACGCCAUUCCGAGCGGGAAGCAGCUGAGUGCCGUUGAGGUGGGCGGUGGUCUUGCGACAAGCUUUCAGGGCGGCUUCGCAAAGGUUGAACUAGGCGAGUGUGCACAGAAGGCGGGCCGGCUGGGGGACGCGGAAGCCUGGUUUAGGCAAGCGCUGAAGAUCCAGGAGGCCAAUUUGGGGGGCGAUAAAGUCCAGGAGGGGAGAAAAAUUGUGGAGGCGGAGGUGUUUUUUCGGCGAGCGUUGAAGAUCAAGGAGACCACGCUGGGGCCCGACGGCUUCGCCGUUGCCGUGGUGCUGUACGAGCUGGUUCUGUGUGUGCGUGAGGCGGGGAAGUUUGCGGAGACGGAGGCGUUGUUGAGGCGAGCUGUGCACAUCUGUGUGUACAAGCUGAGGGCUGACGACCUGCAGGUUUCCGUAGUGCUGCACGGGCUGGGUCCGUGUCUGCGUGAGGCGGGGAAGUUUACGGAGGCGGAGGCGUUGUUUAGGCGAGGGCUGGAGAUUCGCGAGGCCACGCUGGGGCCCGGCGAUCGUAUGUUGGUCGUGACGCUGAACGAGCUGGGUGGGUGCCUGCGUAAGGCGGGGGAAUCGGCGGGGGUGGAGGCUUUUCUUAGGCGAGUGCUGAAGAUCAAGGAGGCCAAGCUGGGGCCCGAAGACGUCCGAGUUGGUUCCACGCUGCAACACAGGCGGUGA